AUGGCCCCGCCUACAGACGGAGAUGUGAGAACCAAUGAACAGAUGCCAGAAACGGCCAUUGGUCGAGUUUGUGAUCGAUGUCGUCUUCGGAAAGCUGUACCCAUGUUCCAACUGCCAAGCUGUCCAAAAGAGCUGCAGCUCGAUCGGGGCAAGCCAAAGGGGAAGAGAAUCGAAGCAAAGAGUUCUGAUAUCCUCACAAUAAAGAUAGACCGUAUCGAGUCACGCCUUGAACGCAUAGAGCAGCUCCUGCGGAGCGACACCUCGGCACCGGGCGCCCGAAGUGGCCAGGAGGCUCUUGAGCCGUCGACUAUGACGACGUUCACGCCUCCGGUCGACACGGCAGAAAGUACGAAUAGCGUCUCAAAUCAAGGGGACUCGGAGAUAGCUUUUGAGGGCGACAGCUCCAUGGCAGCUGCAACUAUCUUCGCAAGCGAGUUUGUCGAAAGUGCUGUCGAGCGAAGACCCAUUUGCAACUCGAACCCACCUGUCAAGGCGGCGUUAUCAUCGCUGAAGCAAAUUACGGUAAUGGAAAACUGCCAGUCGUUCGAAGUCCUGCUCCCAAACAAAAAGGGGACGCUGAAAGGUGGCCUAAAAGGACUAGCAAUGCCCCCGGUGCAGUCGGUCCUUUCAAUACUGCGCGAAAUUAACGAGCUAUCACCCAUUUCUCUGACGGUCAUCUCUUUCUUCAUUCCCAAGGAGAGACUCGUCGAAUGCUGUCGGGAAAUCUAUUUUGCAAUGGAAGACUACUCACUUUCAAGCUUUCUAAUUGCCAACGCAGGUUUACGCUAUCUCUUCCAGGAAAAGGCAUUUGCAGCCGUAGAUACGAAUUCCGCCGACGAGUAUCGAAUCUUUUACCGCCUGUGCCGAGAUAACCUCGAGACGGCGUUAGCUAACCUCGAUUUUAUCCUACCCUCGAACUCGGAGAACAUUGAAGCUCUUCUUCUAGGGUGUGCCUAUGCCGUUGAGGCGUCGAAACCAUUACUCGCAUGGCAACUAGUCUCAGGCGCGGCCGGCAUGUGUCAAACGCUUGGCUGGCAUCGCCUCGACUUGAACGGAGACAGUGCGACUGAGCGGAAGACAUCUCUCUUCUGGCUCACAUACUUGCUUGACAAAGGCCUUGCGCUUCGCCUGGGUCGGUCCGCAAACAUACAUGACCAUGAAAUUACCUUGCCCAAACGACUCGACAAGCCCAGUGUGCCAAAAGGUUGGCAAGACUUGCUCGGCCAAUGGAUACGCCAUUCAGAGAUUGCUGGCAAGGCCUACCAAGACUUGUACAGCCCCGCAGCACUCCGUCAAUCGAUUCAGGAGCGCUUUGAGCGCGCGAACAAUCUUGGUGCCGCGAUGAGGCGAAUCAGGGAUGAGUUCUCGGUGCCGCUGAGGCAGGCACAUGCGAUGGAAACCGGGCCAGACUUCGGAUCCGUCCCCAAUAACCUCCUCGCAAUGGUUUUAAAGGCCGAUGAGGUAUGGUACUGGACCACCAUGACAUUGAUACACCGGGCCGUUCCGCCAACAGAAGGCGGCUACCAAGGUUUUAGUGUUGCGUGUCUUCAGUCUGCCAGGAUGGCCUUUGGGGCACAUCGGGAGUGCAUGCAAAUGACAGGGUGGAGCUCUAAUAUGAAGACGGCAUACUUGUUAUGGACCAUCAUCUACACACCAUUUGUGCCGUUCAUCGUCAUCUUUUGCAAUGUCAUUGAGACCUCUAACCCUGACGAUAUACGCAUACUGGGCGAAUUCAGUGAAUCGCUAAAGCCAAUGUGCGAUACGUCAGAGGCUGUCCAGAAGCUGCACGAUCUUUGUCAGGUUCUGUACAAUGUGGCAGUCAUAUACGUCGAAGCCAAAGCUCAGAACCCCCAGGACCAUGAGGUUCCCGUUGAGAAUGGGUUUGGUGCGUACCUUGAUAUUGCGCGAGGGGCUCUCCAAGUAGACGGGAGUCAUUGCGUUGCUUCUUUAACUACGCUCGAGGACCUUAUGUCUCACACAGAAAACCAUGCUUCGCAACUACGGGGUUGGAUACCAGGGAAUACGCAAAUGAUGGGCAUCUCAGAAGAAGAUUUGUCUGAGUUUCUAGCACAACUGAGAUAA